UUUUUGAGACAUCCUAGCUUUUUUUCGUUCUUCUUUCCUUGUGUAUCACAAUGUCACCCAGUAUUAGAACCACAACUACCACUACCACCACUACUGCUACUUCCUCCCGUGCUGCCGCCGCUGUGCCCAUCGACGACGAAUGGUUUGGCGAUCAAGUGCACGAUUGGAAUGAGAUUCGCCACCUAGUCUCCAACAACAAAGUCCAACAACUUCGACGCAACCGUGAGGGCCAACGGGUGUAUCGUCACUGGACCGAGACCACGCUAUCGAAAUACAAGGACAUUGAGGACUUUUUGUUGUCCGAAAAGCUCCAUUUCCCAACCGAGGAACCAGCAGAUCCAACGCGUCCACACUAUAUUGUGCUUCCCAACGACUUUCCUUAUUCCACCGAGCCAGGCACCAAGCAUGUCUUGAUAUGGUCUCAAAAGCCAUUGAGCGAGCCUUACGUCAGGGAGAUCCUCGAGUCGCAUUACGGCAGCAACAACUGGGAAUGGGUCUAUUUUGUAAAUCCUCCGGAAACUCAGAGUGUAAAGCGAUUGCCACAUGUACACGUGUUUAUGCGUCCUCGCACCGCCAACAACGCCAACGCCAACGCUACCGCCGCUGCCACGGCAGACAAGAAAUAACAAUUGCCACUCUUUGUUUUUUUUUUCCUUUGUUUCGUUGUUAGAGAAAAACAGGCAUGCAUUUCUGCCGUAUACUCAUAUAUCCUACUACUAUAUUUUUUGUCGUUCUACCCCCAUCAACAACAACUUACCCACUAUGUCUCUUUGUUUUUGCCAUUUCAUUUAAAUCAAUAAAAAACACCUGUCACUAUAUCCACCAGUUCUACCUGCUGCCAUGAAUUGAUGAUGAUGUGUGAUGGCUCUUUAU